AUGGAGAAGACUGAUCCCAAGAUCUCCGACUCGGACGAUGCUCGUGCGCCGUCCGACAAUGAGAAGCACAUUGAAGGUGGACAGCCCGUCGGUAUCCUCGACAUCCCUGAUCCCGAUGAGGGCUUGAGCGAAGAAGAGCGGAAGAAAAUUGACCGCGCCUUGCUCUGGAAACUCGAUAUUCAACUGAUCCCGUGGCUCGCCUUUCUUUACCUCAUUUCCUUCUUGGACAGAACCAACAUCGGAAAUGCCAAAAUCGACGGUCUUCAACAAAACCUGAACUUGACCAACAACCAAUACAAUGACACAUUGACCAUCUUUUUCAUCUCGUAUUCGCUCUUCGAGCCUUUGACCCAGAUUUUAUUAAAGCGCUUCAAGCCUUCGAUAUUUCUGCCCACAAUCAUGGUACUAUGGGGCAUCUGUAUGACUACCAUGGGUCUUGUCCACAACUUUCAGGGAUUGAUGGCAUCACGAUGGUUCCUUGGUUUGACCGAAGCAGGUCUUUUCCCUGGUGUGAACUAUUACCUAUCAUGCUGGUACAAACGUUCCGAAUUCGGUAUUCGUGCUGCUAUUUUCUUCUCCGCAGCAGCCCUUGCCGGGUCCUUUGGCGGUCUCCUUGCGGCGGCUAUCGUGCAGAUGGACGGAGUGGGAGGUAAACCAGGCUGGGCAUGGAUCUUCAUUCUUGAAGGUCUCGCCACGAUCCUUGUAGCGUUCGCUUCCUACUUCAUGGUCCAUGACUUCCCCGACGAAGCCAAGUUCCUCAGCGAAGAUGACCGGCGGCGCGUGAUCCGGCGGCUCAAACUCGACAAGCAGUCCAGCGCUGAGCACGAAGAAUUCAAAGUGGACUAUCUGUGGGCCGCGCUCAAGGACUGGAAGACGUUGACCGGGGCCAUCAUCUAUAUGGGCUGUGAUGGUGCACUGUACGCCUUCUCACUGUUCCUUCCGACCAUCAUCCAGCAAAUGGGAUACAAGUCGAUCCACGCCCAGCUGCUGAGUGUUCCGCCCUAUGCCGUUGCUGCCGUCGUCACCGUCGUUGUCGGUUUUGUCGCCGAUCGAACGGGACAGAGAGGCUACUGCAACAUAGUCAUGUCUUUCUUCGGGAUAAUAGGUUUCGCCAUGCUUCUCGGCUCAGGGACACCGCACGUACAAUACGCAGGCACCUUCCUCGGCGCAAUGGGAAUCUACCCUUGCAUCCCCAACACGAUUUCUUGGACCGCCAACAACGUUGAAGGUGUCUAUAAGCGAGGUAUAGCGUUGGGAUUCGUGAUCGGGUGGGGAAAUCUGAACGGAAUCGUCUCCAGCAACAUCUAUCGCGCCGAAGACAAACCACGCUUCAAGCCGGGUCACGCGGUGGUUUUGGCUUACGAAGCUUUAUUCCUCCUUGGCGGCUCAAUCCUGCAACAUGUCUUGCUUAGAAGAGAGAAUGCGAAGCGUCGGGCCGGAGAGAGGGAUGUUUGGGUCCAAGGCAAGACAGAACACGAGAUCGAGAAGCUGGGCGACAAGAGGCCGGAUUUUAUCUACACGCUCUAG